UCGUCCAUAAACCCUCUGACUGGUGGACCCUCUCAUAUCCUUUUUCCCACUCCCCUCUAUCCACUGUUUCCGCCGCCGCCGCCGCCGCCGCCGCCGCCCGCCGCGCCGGCGUUCUCCCCCCGCCGACGAAGCACGGCGUGGAGUGUAGACGCAGCCUCCUCGCUCUCUCUCACGCCGGCGAGCAGGGUCUGGAGCCAGGAGCGACGCGGCGGCCGGGGCCGGGGCCUCCAUCUCGGUUCGAACCGCACUGAAGUUUGGUAAAUCAGGUCCCUCCCUGCAUUAGGGCGCACAAUGGCACUGACCCUUCUCAGAGGGAUGCGAACGCCGGUUGUAGCUAGAAGGAAUGCUGGCUUGUUCUUCACCACAUUGCAGUCUCCGUUGUUGUCCCGCUUCACGAUGAGAGCGGAGAGCGCGCGGGCCGCAGCGCCCAAGUCGAUUCAGCUGGCGACCAAGGAGGCGGCGGAGCAGAAGGCGCAGGGCUUCGAGGCGGUCAUCGGGAUCGAGACCCAUGUCCAGCUCUCGACGGUCACAAAGGCGUUCUGCUCGUGCCCGUACAGCUACGGGUCGCAGCCGAACAGCACCGUCUGCCCCACCUGCAUGGGGCACCCCGGAACGCUGCCCGUUCUUAACGCAAAGGUUGUCGAAUGCGCCGUGAGGUUGGGCCUCGCUCUCAAUUGCGAGAUCGCGAUGACGUCCAAGUUUGAUCGGAAGCAGUACUUCUACCCGGACCUGCCCAAGGGGUAUCAGAUUUCGCAGUUUGACAUUCCCAUUGCCAAGGAGGGUUACCUUGAUUUGGAUCUUCCGGUGGAGUUCGGCGGUGGGCAUAGGAGAUUUGGGGUCACAAGGGUGCAUAUGGAAGAAGAUGCUGGCAAGCUGCUUCACUCUGAAUCCGGGAGUUACUCUCAGGUUGACUUAAAUAGGGCUGGCGUUCCUUUACUUGAAAUUGUCUCAGAGCCAGAUAUGAGAACAGGGAUAGAGGCUGCCGAGUAUGGUGCUGAGCUACAGAGGCUUGUUAGGUACCUGGGCGUGAGUAAUGGUAACAUGCAGGAAGGUUCCCUUCGCUGUGAUGUGAAUGUUUCUGUUCGGCCAAUUGGACAAUCAAAUUUUGGUACAAAGGUUGAAAUAAAGAAUAUGAAUUCAUUUUCUGCAAUAAGUAGGGCAAUAGAUUAUGAGAUCUCCCGGCAGAUUCUUCUUCAUAAAGAAGGUCAGGCUGAUCAAAUUGUACAAGAAACCCGGCUGUGGGAUGAAUCUUCUCAGAAAACUUUUACAAUGCGAAAAAAGGAGGGACUUGCUGAUUAUAGAUAUUUUCCUGAGCCUGAUCUUCCUGAAGUUGUUCUUACUAGUGAGUACAUUGAUGAAAUUCAAAACUCAAUGCCAGAGCUUCCUGAAGCAAAGCGUAGGCGCUUCGAGAAUAUGGGACUCAGCAUGCAAGAUGUUCUUUUCCUUGCUAAUGACGAUAAUGUUGCUCGGUUCUUCGAUUCUACCCUUGAGCACGGCGCGGAUGCAAAGCUGGCUGCCAACUGGAUCAUGGGUGACAUUGCUGCUUAUUUGAAAAAUGAAAAACUUUCCAUUGAUGAAAUUAAAUUAACACCUCUGGAGCUUUCUGAAUUGAUUGCAUCUAUAAGGAAUGGAACUAUCAGUGGGAAGAUUGGAAAGGAGAUUCUGAUUGAACUCAUUGCGAAAGGUGGAACUGUCAAGUCUGUGAUAGAGGAGAAAGAUUUGGUUCAGAUAGCAGAUCCUGCAGCAAUUGAGGCAAUGGUAGAUCAAGUAUUAGCUGAUAAUCCAAAGCAACUUGAGCAGUAUCGGUCCGGGAAAACUAAAUUGCAAGGAUUUUUUGCUGGCCAGGUGAUGAAAGCAUCAAAGGGUAAAGCUAAUCCUGUUUUGUUGAACAAAAUCCUCGGGGAGAAAUUGAAGGCCAAUAGUUGAGGGGGUUUGUCGACAAACGGAGACUCAUGUUGUAGUCCACGAGUGGACAAUCGAACUAAACCCUGCAAUUUGGGGUCUAUUUUUCAAUGAUGAAUUCUCUGUUAGCUCCAGUAGUUGUAAAUGUUACUACUUUGUGGGUAGUUUAUUUUUCUUCUUUUCUGAAAGAAAAUUUUGUAAAAGCAGCAUAAUUUACAUAAUAAAAAGAUGAAUAUUUAUGCAUCCAA